GGGACUCAGAACACCAGCUCGGAUUUUCCACCCUCUCUAUCCUUCAUCCGGAGCGUACCAAAGAGCGCAGCGCCGCGUCCUUCAUGACUUAAUUUGGUGGACAUUUGCGCUUGUUUUUGUGGAUUGCACCUGUUCACUUGGUACAGAGACGGAUUUUUGUGUUGGGGGAAAAUAAAAAGUGAGCAGGCUUUUUGAGGUGAAGACUUUGGCUGGCACAGGGUCUGGGGAGAAGUGAUGGCGGCGUCUGCACCCUCCUCUGGCGGCGAACCGGAUCCCAACAACUCGACUAAUUUACGACCACCGGGCUCAAGUUAUGACGCGUGGUGCGGAGUUGCUCAUGGAUGCACGAGGAAACUGGGGAUGAAGAUCUGUGGUUUCCUGCAGAAGAACAACAGUCUGGAGGAGAGGUCCCGGAUCGUGAGCUCCUUCAAAGAGCGGAGCGCCAAGAACCUGCUCUCGUGCGAUAACAGCGGCCAGGAGACGCACUUCCGACGCACGGAGACGGACUUCUCCAACCUGUACGCCAGAGAUCUCUUGCCUGCCAAAAAUGGAGAAGAGCCGACCAUGCAGUUCUUGCUGGAGGUGGUGGACAUCCUCACCAACUACAUCCGGAAAACCUUUGACCGCUCCACCAAGGUCCUGGAUUUCCAUCACCCUCACCAGCUGCUGGAGGGCAUGGAGGGCUUCAACCUGGAGCUGUCAGACCAGCCUGAGUCCCUGGAGCAGAUCCUGGUGGACUGCAGGGACACUCUGAAGUAUGGCGUCCGCACAGGCCACCCCAGAUUCUUUAACCAGCUGUCUACCGGCUUAGACAUUGUGGGUUUGGCUGGGGAGUGGCUCACGUCAACCGCAAACACCAACAUGUUCACCUAUGAGAUCGCCCCUGUGUUUGUCCUCAUGGAGCAGCUCACUCUGAGGAAGAUGAGGGAGAUUGUGGGCUGGAGAGAUGGAGAGGGCGAUGGAAUAUUCUCUCCAGGUGGUGCAAUCUCCAACAUGUACAGUGUGAUGGUGGCCAGAUACAAGUACUUCCCAGAAGUGAAAACCAAAGGCAUGUCAGCUGCCCCCAGACUGGUCCUCUUCACCUCAGAGCAUAGCCACUACUCCAUCAAGAAAGCCAGUGCUGCUUUGGGUUUUGGGACAGAGAAUGUAAUACUUUUAAGCACAGAUGAGAGGGGAAGAGUCAUCCCAGCUGAUUUGGAGGCUAAAGUAAUAGCAACCAAACAGAAGGGCUAUGUUCCCUUGUAUGUGAACGCCACAGCCGGUACUACCGUCUAUGGAGCCUUUGACCCCAUCAACGAAAUCGCUGACAUCUGUGAAAAGUACAACAUCUGGCUUCAUGUGGAUGGGGCAUGGGGAGGCAGUCUGCUGAUGUCUAGGAAACACAGGCACAAGCUCAAUGGAGUAGAAAGGGCUAACUCAGUCACCUGGAACCCUCACAAGAUGAUGGGAGUGCCACUGCAGUGCUCUGCCAUUCUCGUCCGAGAGAGGGGCCUUCUGCAGGGCUGUAACUCCAUGUGUGCGGGUUACCUCUUCCAACCAGACAAACAGUAUGACGUCACAUAUGACACUGGGGACAAAGCCAUCCAGUGUGGACGCCAUGUCGACAUCUUCAAGUUCUGGCUCAUGUGGAAGGCAAAGGGAACAGUAGGAUUUGAGCAGCAUAUCGACAAGUGCCUGGAUCUGUCUGCAUACCUCUUCAAUAAAAUCAAAAACAGAGAAGGCUACAAGAUGGUGUAUGAGGCAGAGCCCCAGCACACAAACGUCUGCUUCUGGUACUACCCUCCGAGCCUGCGCAGCUUACCUGAAGGAGAGGACAAGAGGGAGAGACUGCACAAGGUGGCUCCAAAGAUCAAAGCUAUGAUGAUGGAGUCUGGGAGCACCAUGGUGGGCUACCAGCCUCAGGGAGACAAGGUCAACUUCUUCCGCAUGGUCAUCUCCAACCCGGCAGCCACCAGGUCAGACAUCGACUUCCUCAUUGACGAGAUCGAACGCCUGGGACACGACCUGUAAAACAAAAUAAAAAAACAAAAACCCCCAAAAAAGAAAUGCACCUACUGUAUAUCGUCUCUAAUGUUAUGGCCUUCAUGUUUCUAUGGUUACACUGACCAACUGUAAUGCACAACAGUCUGUUCUCAUGUCUGUUUUUUGUCUUUGCACACAAGAAAACUAUAUUAAAAAGCACACAGGUAUUCUUACCAAAUACAGAGACGAAAAUAUAUAGCAUUGUGCUCAUAUUAGUGUGUUGUUAUGUACAUGUAAUUGUGACAUAGCUGAGCACUUGAAUGAAUCUCAAAGGGAUACGAACUAAUGCAAAUUACUGUUGUACUUGAUAGUAGUAGAACCUCAUGUACAGAGUGCCGUAGAGAAGUGAGUGCAGGAUACAUUCACUUGUGUUGUGGUGACCGCGUCGUACCCACGCUCCUUUGAUAUCCCAUAAUGGAAGUACAUAUAUAGCCUCUAUAGGACUGUCAUUGCAACAAGAACUGUACUUGAUCGCUGUGUUUUUAGAGAUUUUUGUCUAGACAGUGUAUAGUAUUGUAACAUUGCCUUUGUGCCAAAUGUGUCCUAGUUUUCCAGUGAGAAUCCUGUAUGUAAAUCAUACCAUAAUAUUAUAUACAAAUGAAAUAGAUGAAUACCCUAAUUACAGAGACUAUAAUUAAUAGGAUACUUCUAUUAUUUUGUGUUGUAUCUUACUGUAAAAAUCACAUCUUAAAUUGUCUCGUGAGCCAAAGAAAAUGUUCCAUUGGUCCUACACUGAUGUUUAUACUGUAUCAUUAGGAAGAUAAUGGACACCUUUUGUUUAAUGUGAAACUGUCCAAUGUUAUUGUAAUUCACUACUGAAUGUUGUUACGUGACAGAGGGAGGAGGGAGAGCUUUGUUUCCAAUGAAAAGCACAAUGCUAAACCCUGAACUGGGCGGCCAUUCUCUACAGAUGUAUGAUUAUCACUAUUGUGGUGUGUGCAGUGUCCACGUUUAAUUAUGCAAAGUCUUGUUGUCUUACACUCAGUAGAGAAACACUUCUAUGACAUGAAGAGAAUUUAGUGCAAAUAGGAAAUAUAUAUACGUGUUAACUACUGAUUAAACUUACAUUCCUGAAAGAAUGGGAUCUAAAGCUCUUUCAAAUUGGAUGUAGGCACUUUAAUUUACAGAAUAUUGUGGUAUAAAUCAAAAAUUGUAGGAUUUGUGUAUGCGUGUGUGUGUGAAAGAGUAUCUCAGAGAAGGUCUUAAGACUUUUUCCGAGUUCAUUUGUCACUGUCAGACGGCUCAGUGCAUCAAACGCUUGGCCGAGAAGGGAAUAUGGUCUGUAUGUAUCCAAAUAUAUGCAAAUUUAAUGUAUAUAUUAAGACUAUAUGUGAUAUAAGAAUAAAUCAAUCAUGACCGAC